AUUUAAUUGUGGAGAUUUGCAGAGCUAAGUGAAAUAAUGGGAAGACAACCUUGCUGUGAUAAGCUGAGCGUCAAGAAAGGGCCAUGGACGGCCGAGGAAGACAAGAAACUCAUCAACUUCAUCCUCACCAAUGGCCAGUGCUGCUGGCGUGCUGUCCCUAAGCUCGCCGGUCUCCUCCGCUGCGGCAAAAGCUGCCGCCUUCGCUGGACCAAUUACCUCCGCCCUGACCUCAAAAGAGGCCUCCUUACUGAAGCUGAAGAACAAUUGGUCAUAGACCUCCAUGCCCGUCUUGGAAAUAGGUGGUCAAAGAUUGCUGCGAGAUUGCCGGGAAGAACUGAUAAUGAGAUUAAGAAUCACUGGAACACCCAUAUCAAGAAAAAGCUUACAAAGAUGGGAAUAGAUCCAGUAACCCAUGAACCCAUCAAUAAAUCAUCCAUUACUACUAAGACUACUAGCUCAAAGAAGACAAUUUCUGCAGUGGAUCAUCAACCAGAGCCUGAAAACCUUCGACCACCGGUGCCGGAGAAAACUGAAGAGAGCCAAGCAAUCUCCGAGGAGAAUUCUAGCUUAUCACCACCAGAAAAUUGUUCGGGAGCUGAAUCUGGAUCUUCUGAUAAUAAUAGGGAGGAUGACCCAUUAAUGAACUUCUUAUGGGAGAAUGAUAUAUCAUUUCUCGACGCAUUAUCGUGGGAUUUUCCGGCGACGGAGUCUACCGGAUACUCCAUAAACAAUGAAUACUCCAUUAACAAUGAAGCUAUGUCUUCAUGGGAGGAGAAUUGUGCAUGGUUGUUGGACUGUCAAGACUUCGGGGUUGAGGAGUUUGGUUUUGGUUGUUUCAACGACGUAGACAUGGGCAUGACCAUUAACUCGUUGGACAUGGGAGAUAAGCUCUAACAUGCACCUACUGGAGUGACAAUUCGUAUCAUCACCAACAACCAAAAGGGUUAUAUAUUAAGCAAUUUUGUGUAGUUUUUUAGACUUUAUAGACUUGAUUUUUAUUAUUUAUUGAGAGGCUUUAAAACUGCAAGAGCCAUGGGUUGGAGCCUCGUGUGAUAAUAGGUCCCUCACCCACCUAAACCAAAAGAAAAGAAAAGGACACAACAUCAAAAGUGGGUAAAAAGGAGCUCACUUUUGAAGUAUGCUGUGUGCUUUCAUGACACUUUAAUUAGGGAUUAUAGUAGUAUAAUAUAGAAAUGUUUCAGAUUGGGUUUUGUGAAUAUGAAACUGUUGUGUAUAUUAUUUGUAAGUUCAUGAGAAAAAAAAAAAAAAGAACAAUAAAGUACAUUAAGAAAGAUUUUAUUUUC